GUGUGUGUUGAGCUUCAGAGGUGAAUCGUUCUUCCGUGAAUUUAGUGGCUGAUCAAUGGUUGCAAAAGACAAAAUGAAAUUACUUCUUAUAACUCUCUCAGCUUCGGCUUCGUUAGCGACUCUGGUGUGUCGUGAGAGCGAAUUCUCCUGCGAUGGGUCGCGCUGUAUACCCAGGAAGUGGCUGUGUGAUGGCGACCCGGACUGUACUGAUGGCACGGAUGAAAUGACGACAAACUGCCCGGCGAAGGAGGGCGAUGGUGCGAAGUCGUGUCGGGCCUCGGAGUUCCAGUGCGGGAACGGCAACUGCAUCCCCCAGACGUGGAAGUGCGACGGACAGGACGACUGCAGAGAUAACACGGACGAGGAGGACUGUGAAAAGACAUGUAGGGAAACGCAGUUCCAGUGUGUGAGUGACAAGCAAUGCAUUACGAAGAAGUGGCGUUGUGACAACCAGAAAGAUUGCCAAGAUGGCUCAGACGAGGAAAACUGUGAACAAGAAGCAGUGACUGUCCCACCACACAUGUUCAGGUGCGAAUCUGGCAUAACUAUUCCCACGCGUUGGGUGUGCGACGGACAGGACGACUGCAGAGAUAACACGGACGAGGAGGACUGUGAAAAGACAUGUAGGGAAACGCAGUUCCAGUGUGUGAGUGACAAGCAAUGCAUUACGAAGAAGUGGCGUUGUGACAACCAGAAAGAUUGCCAAGAUGGCUCAGACGAGGAAAACUGUGAACAAGAAGCAGUGACUGUCCCACCACACAUGUUCAGGUGCGAAUCUGGCAUAACUAUUCCCACGCGUUGGGUGUGCGACGGACAGGAGGACUGCAGUGAGGGGUCGGAUGAAAAGGACUGUCCAGGGGGAGAGGAUAAAAAGCCAGCUGAAAGAUCGGAUCCUUGUCGAGAUAACGAGUUUCAGUGUGGAGCUUACUGUAUCAUGGCGACCUGGGUGUGUGAUGGAGGCGUCGACUGCCCCAACGGCGAAGACGAGGCAAACUGCGACAAAGAAUGCCCAGAAUCACACUUCACGUGCAGUAACAAACAGUGCAUUCUUGGGCACUUGAGAUGCAACGGAGAGAAAGAAUGCGCUGAUGGUUCCGACGAAUCUGAGUGCCCCAAAGUACCGGCAGUUACGGAUGCACCGAAAGUGGAAUGCAACCUGACAUCUCACUUCUUGUGUUCACUCAACAAGUGCAUCCACCGCAGGAACCUUUGCAACGGCAGAAACGACUGUGGCGACUGGCAGGAUGAGUCUGAGGAAGAGUGCGGUGUGAACGAGUGUGAGAGGAACAAUGGCGGUUGUACACACUUGUGCGUUGACUCGAAGGAAGGUUACCACUGCGAGUGUAGGACGGGAUUCCGCUUAGUUGGAAAGUACACUUGUGAAGAUAUUGACGAGUGCCUCGAGGUCCCAGGAACGUGCUCCCAACAGUGCACAAAUACAAACGGCGGAUACCACUGCUCUUGUCUCCCCGGGUAUGAGCGAGACCCAGGGAAUUAUACACGCUGCAAGGCAUCGACAGGAGAACCUUACCUUCUUUUCUCACACAGAUACGAUAUCAGAAGCCUUCGUCUCCGAGAUAAUGAUAUGACUUCGGUUGUAAGUGAUGCGCGGGAAGCGACGGCGUUGGAUUACCUGUUCACUGGUCACCAAAUUAUCUGGUCCGAUAACAAGGAAAAUCAGAUCAUUAGGGCCAAUAUCACUACCCCAGAAGAGAGAGAAAUCCUUGUUACUGGAGAACAAGUCUCUGCAGAUGGGUUAGCUGUUGACUGGAUUCACAAUCACAUUUAUUACACUGACACAGGCAACUUUAAAAUCCGCCUCGUGUCCUGGGAUGCCAAGUGGUCGAAGACGAUUGUACAGGAGGAAUUAGGGCAGCCAAGAGCGAUUGUUGUUAGUCCCUUAGAUGGAUACAUAUUUUGGACUGACUGGGGAAUGUCCCCCAAGAUCGAGAGAGCUGGUUUGGAUGGAGAAGGCCGCACAGCCAUCGUGACGGCCCCUCAUGUCUAUUGGCCCAAUGGCAUUACUAUUGACCUGCCAAACAAUGACUUGUACUGGUGUGAUGGAAAGCUGAACACCAUUAGUAAGGCCAGAUUAGAUGGAACCCAAAUCGAGGUUGUUUUGUUUUCACCAAGUGUCUUGAGGCUUCCCUAUUCCAUUACUGUGUUUGAAGACCGACUGUACUGGACGGACUGGUCACAGCUUGCCCUCUACAGUGCCAAUAAAUUUAAUGGAGAAGAUAUUCACAAUGUUUCAGCAGGACACUUGCUCGAGUCGCCAAAAGUGGUACACGUUUUCCACGAAUAUCGCCAGCCUAGUGGAGAAAACGUGUGUAACAGCCACACUUGUAGUCACCUGUGUAUCCGAAGUCCUUUGGGUUUGGCGAAGUGCAUGUGUCCUGAUGGGUUGUUACUUUCGACAAGGGAUUCAAUUUCCUGCAUUGAAGGUGUUAUAUCAUGUCCUUAUUAUUUUAAUUAUUUUCUACAGGUUGUCUUGUUUUCACCAAGUGUCUUGAGGCUUCCCUAUUCCAUUACUGUGUUUGAAGACCGACUGUACUGGACGGACUGGUCACAGCUUGCCCUCUACAGUGCCAAUAAAUUUAAUGGAGAAGAUAUUCACAAUGUUUCAGCAGGACACUUGCUCGAGUCGCCAAAAGUGGUACACGUUUUCCACGAAUAUCGCCAGCCUAGUGGAGAAAACGUGUGUAACAGCCACACUUGUAGUCACCUGUGUAUCCGAAGUCCUUUGGGUUUGGCGAAGUGCAUGUGUCCUGAUGGGUUGUUACUUUCGACAAGGGAUUCAAUUUCCUGCAUUGAAGGUGAACUUUCGGAUAUUGUGGAUCUAAGCAGUGAACCAGGGAAUCCUGUCAUUCCCAUCAUGCCUUCAGACUUUGACUACACUAAAGAAGAAAUCAUUCCCUUGGAAACCAACAAAUAUGAAAAAAUGACAACCCUGGAAGGAUCCAACUUCAGCCUGAUUUUUGCUGUAGGAGUUGGGUCUGCUGUGGUGUUGGCCAUUGUUGUCAUGGUUCUCGUAGGUUUGUGGAGAAAACGGGUUGCAGCUGAAAUCCCUCACAUGCGCUUCCCAAAUCCCGUUUACCGCAAGACUACCGAUGAAGAAAUGGACGGUGGUGGCUACAUCAUUGGCCAUGAUGACCUGCUAUUUAAACCAACAACUGUACAGUAUACAGAAGGGCCAGAUAUUCCCGAAGGAGAUGCGGAUGACACUCCACUCGCUCCAAAGAAGUAAAUAGUGUAAGAAUUAUAUUUAUUAGCAACUAGAAAUGCAAACCUAAAUGGUUAACAGUAUAUAUAUAUAUAUCUCGGUGAAGCCUGCUGCAUACUAUUUCACGUAUAUCUGUAUCACUCAUUAAGGCAGGUUUAUUUAUGAGGCUGAUUCAUGUUUUGCUUCACUUCCUGGAAAAAGUACCUCGCAUUUUCAAAGGUAUUCCAGAAUUACAGAUAUAUUUGCCUAAAUAUCAUUACACCUAUAGUUUUUAUUAUGUUCAGUAAAUAUUCAAUAGGCAUGCUAGUUGAAAGCUUAUUGAAACAAUAUAUAUUUUUUCUAAAUGGUUUUGUACUGAAUUCUGAAUAUCUGCAGUGUAAAUUUUGACACGUAAGACUUGAGAAAUUGUAUCUUUUUGUCUGUGAUAUAAUUGUAUAUUGUAAAUAGUGUAAAUAACUCAUUAAUCAUAUCAUAUCACAUUAGGAUAUUGGCUUCAAAAUAUAUAAAAAAAUAGUACCCAAAUAUUGGAUCAACUUAAGUAUAAAAAAAAAAUUGCUGUUGAGCCAUGAUAUUCGCAUGCCCUCAUAUCUCACCCUUGCCAUCAUCAUCAUCAGUAUUUUAAGACAUAUCAGUAAUGUCAUUUGCUUUGAAUUUCUUUUUCUUUUAGUCAGCCAUAAUAUGGAACUUGCCAAAGGGAAUUGUAAAUGCUCUGCCCACCUAUCUUUUCCCUUACGAGCAUGUGCCUUUUUUCAUAUAUGAAAUAAGGAGAUAUGUUAUAUAUAUUUUUGUUACAUAGUGCAGUUCCUGUAAAUAUAUUUUAUAAAAUGGAGAAUAUAAACUGCACUCAUAGUAUUAUUGAUGGAUAUGUAAAUUGUCUCCUUUCUCGUGAUGCUUUCCUUUUACGCACAUAUUCAUGUAAUGCUGUCUUCUUUUUUUUACAUUAAGAUGUGGUUAUGUUCAGAAGGUAAAUGCAUGUGUUACAUAUUUUCAACAAAAUUUAAACUUCUUGGAAUCUCAACCUGUUAGGCCAAGCGCCGUUCUGGUUUAAUUAAAAAUCCAUUAUUGGUAACAAAUAUAAUUUCAACAAUAUAAUGUUCUUAUAUUCUUAUAGUUGAAAAAAAAAUUGAGUGAAUGUUUCAUGUCCAAAGAGACUGCAUUGCUUGACUGUAUGACCAAACAUUUUCAAUGACAAAACUCUUUCCUCUUAUUAAGGGGAAGGCCAUUGUAUUUCUCAAAUAUAUGUUUUUGUGCUAA